AUGACCGAAAAUGUUGCACCAACCAUCGAUGAAGUCGAUUCUAAAAUUGUUAAGCAACUUGAAUAUUAUUUUGGCAAUAUUAAUCUUCCAAGAGACAAGUUUCUCCAAGAACAAUUGAAAGAAGAUGAAGGAUGGGUUCCGCUCACAACCAUGUUGAAAUUUAAUCGACUCGCAGCUAUCAGUUCUGAUGUUGAAAAAAUUGCAAACGCUGUUAAAAAUUCGAUGUCGGAAAUCGUAUCUAUCUCCGAAGAUAAACAAAAGAUUAGACGAAAUCCUGAAAAUCCUCUUCCAGAGAACUCAUUAGAGUAUUGGCAAAAGAUCAAACACAGAACAGUUUAUAUGAAAGGAUUCCCUCAAGAUACCCAACUUGAUGCUAUAAUGAGCUGGGCUAAUAAAUUCGGAGAAGUUGAAAAUAUUUUGAUGCGCCGUGUUAAACCAGGCGACCGUACAUUUAAGGGUAGUAUCUUUGCUACUUACAAAACUAGGGAGGAAGCAGAAGUUGCCCAAAAAUCUGAGGAGAAAUUCAACGACAUUGAGUUGGUGAAAAUGAUGCAGGACGACUAUUGGACGUUAAAAAACAAAGAGACAAAGGAGGCGCGGGCUGCAAAUAAAGCUGCAAAAGCUGCUAAGAAUGCCAGUGAAAAUGCUGAAAAGGAUAAGGCUAAAAAUGUUGCACGUUUCGAUAAAGGACUCAUUUUGUCUAUUGAUGGACUCGGCGAUCAAGCGACCGUCGAUACUAUUAAAACUUUCUUUAAGGCCUAUGGAUCCGUCGGAUAUGUUGCGCAUGAGAACGGCAGUACUACAGCAGAGAUCAGAUUCAACAACGACUCUGAAGGUGGAGCGCAGAGCGCCUGGGACAAGGCAGUUGCCGCUGGCCAGGAUGGAAAAGUCAUCUUCCAAGAAAAAGAAAUUACUGCAAAGGUGCUAGAAGGAGAAGAAGAGGAAAAAUAUUGGACUGAGUUCAACACUCGAAAGAACAACAAGGCAGGUGGGCGCGGGGGGAAAGGUGGAAGAGGUCGCGGUCGAGGAGGACGUGGUGAUCGUCGAGGCAAGCGCUUUGCUAAGGACGACUUGAAUGAAGAACCCAAAGCGAAACGAACGGUGUUCGCUGAUGGAGAGUAA